GUACGCCAGCUUCCACGUAUCACCAGUUGGAAUAGAAAGCAAAGCUUGAGUUGCUGGCGGACUACAGUUAUUUGGCACCGAGCCGGGGGGAAUUAGUGACUUAAGUUCAGUAAAAAUUCAAAGUAAACAUGAAGAAAUUCUUUCUUUUGGCCCUAUUGGUCUUACCAGCUGUGAUAUUUACCUUCGAAAAUGGCAAUAAGAUGUUAUCAUAUGCUGAGGAAGAUCCCUUAGAAGAUGAAGCAGAUGUUGAAGGAGAAGCUGAAGUUGAAGAAGUUGCUGGAGCUGAAGAUGAGGACGAAGAUGAUAGUAAAACAAACGCUUCACCAGAUGCAGACACGACGUUAUUAUUUGUCAAGCCAAUUCAUAUUGGAGCUUCUCAAUUAGAAAUUCCUGCUGGCUCUCCAGUUGAGUUUCUGGUAGGUUUCCGCAACAAAGGCAAGAACCCCUUUGUGGUAGACUCCUUGGAAGCCUCAUUCAGGUACCCCAUGGAUUUCAACUUCUACAUUCAGAACUUCUCUGCAAUUGGCUAUAACAAAAUUGUAUCUCCUGAACAAGAAGCUACUCUGCACUACAGUUUCAUCCCAUCUGAGUCCUUUGCUGGAAGGCCUUUUGGUUUGAACAUCAACUUGGCAUACCACGAUUCUACUGGCAACUCCUUCCAAGAGGCUGUGUUUAAUGAGACUGUCCAAAUCAUUGAGCUGGAAGAAGGUCUUGAUGGAGAAACUUUCUUCCUGUACGUAUUCCUCGCCGCAUUGGUUGUUCUGUUCUUGGUGAUUGGGCAACAAACUCUGCUGUCUGUCGGUAAGAAGCGUACCAGCCCUCGCAAACAGGCACCAAUUGAGACCGGAACUAACAACCCCAACAACGUCGAUUAUGAUUGGCUUCCAAAACAAACAUUGGCCAGUUUGAACAAGGAGAAACUCCAAAAAUCGCCAAAGUCUCCAAAACAAAGUCCUAGACAACGUAAAGUGAAACGUUCUACGGGUUCAGAAUAAACAGGUACAAAUGACUGAUAUUAUAUAUAAAGUUCACAACUUCAUAAAACAUUUUCCAUUUCAUUUUGUACAUUGUACAGUAAUAGGACUAUUGUGAAAUAAAUCCUUAUUUAUAAACGUGUUGCGAUAAGUUGUUUAUUUAUUAAUUUUGUAUCUUGUGUUGUGAGAUAUAUAUAUAUUUUUUUUGUUAUGGAAUUUCGCUAAUUUGAAUGAAUAAGAUGUAAAUAUUGAGUUCACCAUAGUGGUGAUUACGAAUAAACAUAACAUUCUUUUUUA